GUCAUCUGGGACGCUUCUUGGAGCCGGCCUUAGGGUGCCUAGAAACAAACCCCGGCUUGGCGGCGGCCGUGACGUUAGCCACGGUGGAUCUUCGUGCUCCUGGUCCCCUGAGGCGCCCGCCGGGCCCGGGAAGCACGGGUACUGAGUGCCAGAAAUUGAAUAAAUCACUCACCAAGUAUAGAGCCUGUAGUUCCUCUAUAAAAAGUACCAGAUGAAUACCAGGUUUUCUUCAAGCAAGAUGGUACCUUUUCACUUCCCCCCAUCAAAACUGGCUCUUUGGAACCCAAUGCCAAUUGGAGAUUUCAUCUGCUUGCAUCUCUGUUACUACAGAAAGCCAAAACUUGUGGUAACUGAAAAGGCCAUCCGACUUGCUUAUCGUCAUGCUAAGCAGAAUAAAAACAAUGUGCUAUGCUUCUUACUUGGUUCUCUUACAGUGGAUGAAGAUGAAGAAGGUGUGACACUGACAGUGGAUCGCUUUGAUCCUGGCCGAGCAGUCCCGGAGGGCUUAGAAAGAGCUCCUACUGCAUCUCUUCCUGGAGAUUUUCUGAUCCCCUGCAAAGUUCAUACUCAAGGACUUUGUUCAAGAGAUAUGAUAGUUCAUAAUGCAGAUGACUUCAGUUCAACUUUAAAGGCUUUACAGUACCAUGUAUGUAGCAAAGAUUGCUUGGACUGCGGAAAGCUGCUUUCCCUGAGAGCUCAGAUCACCCCCAGGGAGAGUUUGGAUGGUGUGGAUUUUGACUUGCAUUGGGCAGCAAUAACGCUAGCAAAUUCCUUCAAAUGUGUGCCUGUGAAGCCUAUUCCCAUUAUUCCUACAGCUCUGGCAAGAAACUUGAGUAGUAAUCUGAAUAUUGUUCAAAUUCAAGGAACCUAUAAACAUGGAUAUAUCACCAUGGAUGAAACACGAAAAUUGUUACUUUUGUUGGAAUCUGAUCCCAAGGUUUAUUCGCUACCAUUAGUGGGAAUUUGGCUUUCUGGAAUUAUACAUAUCUACAGCCCUCAGGUCUGGGCUUGCUGCUUGAGAUACAUGUUCAGUUCUUCUAUUCAGGAAAGGGUUUUUUCAGAAUCUGGAAAUUUCAUCAUAGUUCUUUAUUCACUGACGCAUAAGGAGCCUGAAUUUUAUGAGUGCCUUCCUUGUGACAGUAGGAAGCCUGGCCUUCAGUUUCAGUUACUAACCAACAAGGAGACUUUGCAUCUUUUCAAUAAUGUUGAACCUUCUGACAAAAAUCCAAUCCAUUUCGAACUAAGUGCCGAAGGUCAAGAUGCAGAGGCAGAGUUUUUUGGCAAGAUUUCCAAGAAUCUUUCAGUUAAGAGAUCUCCUCAAAAAAUAUCUCCUGGGAAAAUACCCACAAAUAAACAUGAUGCUGACUUUGAAGAUGACUUUUCUCCAAGACCGAUUCCCAGUCCUCACCCAGUGAGUGAGAAGAUUUCUAAGAUCCAGCCGUCUGUCCCUGAACUCUCGCUUGUGUUAGACAGCAGCUUCACGGGCUCGAGUUCCCAAUCUAACCCGCUGGAAACAAUGACUGUGGAGAAUCCUUUGUUGAUGAGGCCAUUGCAUCCUGAGCUUUGUGAUUACAAACACAGCUCAGAAGCUGACACUGCGGAGCCUUCCCUGAAGGGACAACCAAAUCAGCUAAACCAGGACGCUGUUCUGAGACAGUCCAGAGGGAAGCAAUCACCUACCUGCAAAAAAGAAAGGCCCCAUCUCGGGAACACCAAUGUUAAACCAUUUCUUAAUGCACUGUCUCCUGAGGUAUCUGAGAAACUUCCAGCAGUUUCUGCUGGAAGCAUACAAAAAGAAGACUAUCCUGUGAGACCCUCCACAGUGAAUUCUAGGCAGCCCUCACUUGCUUCACAAGCCCACCCACACAAUUUUAUUUUUUCACCUCAUAAUUCAGCAAGACCAAUGGAACUUCAAGUACCUACGCCUUCACUGCCAUCUUACUAUUCCACAAACAUCUGCAACUGUUGUCAACGUCACGGUCAUAUUCAGUAUAGUACAAUAAAUUCUUGGCAGGGAAAUACUGUAGGGUCCAUUCAAGACCUCCAAAAUGAAGCCCUUCCAAAACAUGCUUUAUUUCCUUCAAGUGGAUGCCCAUCUCUGUGUCAUAAUGCCAUCUACUCUUCCAGCAGCCCUGUGGCCAUGAAACCUCAGGAAGGCUUGGGUGGUUAUUCUCCCCACAACAAUGGAGAGCCAUCCCCUGUGGCAGGACCUUCACAUAUGGACUCAUGUGUGCCACAGACUUGUGCCAUGUGCAUGCACACACCCAGCACGGUGCCAGACAAUGGCAUGAUGGGAUUGUCUCCUGAUGCGUAUCGCUUUGUCACAGAGCAAGACAGGCAGCUGAGACUGCUGCAGGCACAGAUUCAGCGCUUAUUAGAAGCCCAGUCUCUAAAUUCUGGCUCCCCUAAGACCACCACUGUGGAAGACACUGUGAAAGCGGCAAGACAAGUGGAGCUGGUUUCCAUGGAGGCACAGUCUUCGCCUGGCUUGCACACGAGAAAAAGUGUAAGCAUCGCUGUGGGCACAGGUGCUAGCUUGUUUUGGAAUGCAGACGGUAAUCAUCAGGAGCCCCACUCACAGCUAAAGCAAGAUGACACCAAGAUUUCCAGUGAGGACAUGAACUUUUCUGUUGAUAUUAAUAAUGAAGCGGCAAGUCCUCCUGGUAGCGCAUCUUCAUUAAAAGCAGUUGACAUUCCCAGUUUUGAAGAAAGCACCGUUGCUGUGGAAGAGUUUAAUCAUCUGCUUCCUGAAUCUAACAAUACUUCAGAGCAGAGCAAAGAACCUGAUGUGCCUGUGUUCUUCCCAAAUGCUUUGCUGGCCGAGAGUGUGAGCAUGUGCUUACAGACUGAGCCAACAGAGGGAGCCAGUAGCAGCGCUGACUCACCACCAGAAGGACCGAAAAUUGAGCCUGACUUUCUAGAUAACCAGAAAAUUUACCAGGACUUGUUGGGUAAAGUGAACCACCUACUAAAUAACUCCUCCCAAGAAAUUGACCAACCACCUACCAAAGCAGUAGUUAUCAACCAUGAAUGCACCAAGACCCAAAAUACUCACCAUGUAAGAAAAAAAAAGCACAAUUCAGGACUGGUAGACAGAGACUGUGUGCUCAGUGCAACUAUUAAACAGCUAAGGAGCCUGGGAGUGAAAAUUGAUUCCCCCACCAAAGUGAAGAAAAAUGCCCAGAAAGUGGACCAUGCCAGUGUUCUGGCAUGCAUCAGCCCGGAAGCAGUGAUCUCUGGAUUAAACUACAUGUCAUUUGCUAAUGUUGGCAUGAGCGGCUUCAGCCCCGCUGGCGUGGAUUUGAGCAUGGAGGCAAAUGCAAUAGCUCUGAAAUACUUGAAUGAAAAUCAGCUGUCGCAACUGUCUCUCGCGCGAUCAAACCAAAAUAACUGUGACCCAUCUUUUGGCCUUCUACAUAUGAAUUCAGACAAAAGCAAGGUUGGCCUUAGCUUAGUUUCACCAAGCAACAUGUCAUUUGCAACCAAGAAGUACAUGAAGAGAUAUGGGCUCUUAGGAAGCAACGACAGCAGUGAGGAUGAAGAGUCCUCCGGCCACACAGACAGUGAGGUGGAUCCUGCAUGCAGACCUGCGCAGUUUGGCCAUCAGAAAGCGUCUUCCCAGAAUGCCUGUGAAAUAGCUCAGUGUUCUGACUGUGGCUCUGAGGACACGCACCCAGAUAUGCCAGUGUUGAGAAAUAUCACAAAUGAGGCUGUGCAGCCAAGAGCAGUGGAGCAGCUGAGUGAAGACCCUGCUUUUUCAUUCAGGAAUCUUAAGCCCGAUGCUGCAGUGAGCCUGCGGACUGGAAAGGCAGAGUUUACUCGACAUCCUGAGAAGGAAAACGAAAGUGACAUUGCAGUUUUUCCUGGGACCUUGCAGCCUCCUGGGACCUUAAAGCACCUGAGUAGUAUGAAUUCAGUGGGCACCUUCUUAGAUGUGAAGCGUCUCAGGCAGUUACCGAAGUUAUUUUAGCUCUGCCCCUCCUUUGUGAUGUGAGGACUAGGUGUGUAUU